ACGACGCGCCUCUCACGUGGUCCGUCUGCGGCCCCGUCGCCUGCGGAGGCGGGCGCGGGCGCGUCCCUGUGGCGGGUCACCCGGCGGAGUUGGUCGCACAAUUAUGAAAGACUCGGCUUCUGCUGCUAGCGCCCGAGCUGAGUCCGUGCUGAGCUUUCCCUGGGCUGUCCCUGCCCGGCGGCCUCAGCUGCCGACUCCGGAGACGCUUCCCGAUAGAUGGCUACAGGCCGCGGAGGAGGAGGAGGAGGAGUUGCUGCCCUUCCGGAGUCCGCCCCGUGAGGAGAAUGUCCCAGAAAUCCUGGAUAGAAAGUACUUUGACCAAGAGAGAAUGUGUAUACAUUAUACCAAGUUCCAAAGACCCUCACAGAUGCCUUCCAGGAUGUCAAAUUUGUCAGCAACUUGUCAGGUGUUUUUGUGGUCGCUUGGUCAAGCAACAUGCUUGUUUUACUGCAAGUCUUGCCAUGAAAUACUCAGAUGUGAAAUUGGGUGACCAUUUUAAUCAGGCAUUGGAAGAAUGGUCUGUGGAAAAGCAUACAGAACAGAGCCCAACAGAUGCUUAUGGAGUCAUAAAUUUUCAAGGGGGUUCUCAUUCCUACAGAGCUAAAUAUGUCAGGCUAUCAUAUGACACCAAAACUGAAGUCAUUCUGCAACUUCUGCUUAAAGAAUGGCAAAUAGAAUUACCCAAACUUGUUAUCUCUGUACAUGGGGGCAUGCAGAAAUUUGAGCUUCACCCACGAGUCAAGCAGUUGCUUGGAAAAGGUCUUAUUAAAGCUGCAGUUACAACUGGAGCCUGGAUUUUAACUGGAGGAGUAAAUACAGGUGUGGCCAAACAUGUUGGUGAUGCCCUCAAAGAACAUGCUUCCAGAUCAUCUCGGAAGAUUUGCACUAUCGGAAUAGCUCCAUGGGGAGUGAUUGAAAACAGAAAUGAUCUUGUUGGGAGAGAUGUGGUUGCUCCUUAUCAAACCUUAUUGAACCCUCUGAGCAAAUUGAAUGUUUUGAAUAAUCUACAUUCCCAUUUCAUAUUGGUGGAUGAUGGCACUGUUGGAAAGUAUGGGGCAGAAGUCAGGCUGAGAAGAGAACUUGAAAAAACUGUUAAUCAGCAAAGAAUUCAUGCUAGAAUUGGUCAAGGUGUCCCUGUGGUGGCACUUAUAUUUGAAGGUGGGCCAAAUGUUAUCCUUACAGUUUUGGAAUACCUUCAAGAAAGUCCUCCUGUUCCAGUUGUCAUAUGUGAGGGAACAGGCAGAGCUGCAGAUCUACUAGCGUAUAUUCAUAAACAAACAGAAGAGGGAGGGAAUCUUCCUGAUGCAGCAGAACCUGAUAUUAUUUCAACCAUCAAAAAAACAUUUAACUUUGGCCAGAGUGAAGCAGUUCAUUUAUUUCAGACAUUGAUGGAGUGCAUGAAAAGAAAGGAGCUUAUCACUGUUUUUCACAUUGGAUCAGAUGAACAUCAAGAUAUAGAUGUAGCAAUACUUACUGCACUGCUUAAAGGCACUAAUGCAUCUGCAUUUGACCAGCUCAUCCUUACAUUGGCAUGGGAUAGAGUUGACAUUGCCAAAAAUCAUGUAUUUGUUUAUGGACAACAGUGGCUGGUUGGAUCCCUGGAACAAGCUAUGCUUGAUGCUCUAGUAAUGGAUAGAGUUGCAUUUGUAAAACUUCUUAUUGAGAAUGGAGUAAGCAUGCAUAAAUUUCUUACCAUUCCCAGACUGGAAGAACUUUACAACACUAAACAAGGUCCAACUAAUCCAAUGCUAUUUCAUCUUGUUCGAGAUGUCAAGCAGGGAAAUCUUCCUCCAGGAUAUAAGAUCACCCUAAUUGAUAUAGGACUUGUUAUUGAAUAUCUUAUGGGAGGAACUUAUAGAUGCACCUAUACUCGGAAACGUUUUCGAUUAAUAUAUAAUAGUCUUGGUGGAAAUAAUCGGAGGUCUGGCCGAAAUACCUCAAGUGGCACUCCUCAGUUGCGAAAGAGUCAUGAAUCUUUUGGCAAUAGGGCAGACAAAAAAGAAAAAACAAGACAUAAUCAUUUCAUUAAAACAGCACAGCCCUACCGACCAAAGAUUGAUACAGCUUUGGAAGAAGGAAAGAAAAAAAGAACCAAAGAUGAAAUUGUAGAUAUUGAUGAUCCAGAAACCAAGCGCUUUCCUUAUCCGCUUAAUGAACUGUUAAUUUGGGCUUGCCUUAUGAAGAGGCAGGUCAUGGCCCGAUUUUUGUGGCAGCAUGGUGAGGAAUCAAUGGCUAAAGCAUUAGUUGCCUGUAAAAUCUAUCGUUCAAUGGCCUAUGAAGCAAAGCAGAGUGACCUGGUUGAUGAUACGUCAGAAGAAUUGAAACAGUAUUCCAAUGAUUUUGGUCAACUAGCAGUUGAAUUACUAGAACAAUCCUUCAGACAAGAUGAAACCAUGGCUAUGAAAUUACUCACUUAUGAACUGAAAAACUGGAGUAAUUCCACCUGCCUUAAGUUAGCAGUUUCUUCAAGACUCAGGCCUUUUGUAGCCCACACCUGUACACAAAUGUUGUUAUCUGAUAUGUGGAUGGGAAGGCUGAAUAUGAGGAAAAAUUCCUGGUAUAAGGUUAUAUUAAGCAUCUUAGUUCCACCUACCAUAUUAAUGCUAGAAUAUAAAACUAAGGCUGAAAUGUCUCAUAUUCCACAAUCUCAAGAUGCCCAUCAAAUGACAAUGGAAGAUAGUGAAAACAACUUUCAAAACAUCACAGAAGAUAUUCCUAUGGAAGUAUUUAAAGAAGUAAGAAUAUUGGACAGCAAUGAAGGAAAGAAUGAAAUGGAAAUACAAAUAAAAUCAAAAAAGCUUCCAAUCACACGAAAGUUUUAUGCCUUUUAUCAUGCACCAAUUGUGAAAUUCUGGUUUAACACGUUGGCUUACUUAGGAUUUCUGAUGCUUUAUACAUUUGUGGUUCUUGUACAAAUGGAACAAUUACCUUCAGUUCAAGAAUGGAUUGUUAUUGCUUAUAUUUUUACCUAUGCUAUUGAGAAAGUCCGUGCGAUCUUUAUGUCUGAAGCUGGAAAAAUAAGCCAGAAGAUUAAAGUGUGGUUUAGUGAUUACUUCAAUAUCAGUGAUACAAUUGCCAUAUUUUCUUUCUUCAUUGGAUUUGGACUAAGAUAUGGAGCAAAGGGGAACUUUGAGGAUGCAUAUGAUAAUCAUGUUUUUGUGGCUGGAAGAUUAAUUUACUGUCUUAACAUAAUAUUUUGGUAUGUGCGCUUGCUAGAUUUUCUAGCUGUAAAUCAACAGGCAGGACCUUAUGUAAUGAUGAUUGGAAAAAUGGUGGCCAAUAUGUUCUACAUUGUAGUGAUUAUGGCUCUUGUAUUACUUAGUUUUGGUGUUCCCAGAAAAGCAAUACUUUAUCCUCGUGAAGAACCAUCUUGGACUCUUGCUAAAGAUAUAGUUUUUCAUCCAUACUGGAUGAUUUUUGGUGAAGUUUACGCAUAUGAAAUAGAUGCCUGUGCAAAUGAUUCUGUUAUCCCUGGAAUCUGUGGUCCUGGGACGUGGUUGACUCCAUUUCUUCAAGCAGUCUACCUCUUUGUACAGUAUAUCAUUAUGGUCAAUCUUCUUAUUGCAUUUUUCAACAAUGUGUAUUUACAAGUGAAGGCAAUUUCCAAUAUUGUAUGGAAGUACCAACGUUAUCAUUUCAUUAUGACUUAUCAUGAGAAACCAGUUCUGCCUCCACCACUUAUCAUUCUCAGCCAUAUAGCUUCUCUGUUUUGCUGCAUAUGUAAAAGAAGAAAAAAAGAUAAGAGUUCAGAUGGACCAAAACUUUUUUUAACAGAAGAAGAUCAAAAGAAACUUCAUGAUUUUGAAGAGCAGUGUGUUGAGAUGUAUUUUAAUGAAAAAGAUGACAAAUUCAAUUCUGGGAGUGAAGAGAGAAUUCGUGUAACUUUUGAAAGAGUGGAACAAAUGUGCAUUCAGAUGAAAGAAGUUGGAGAUCGAGUCAACUAUAUAAAAAGAUCAUUACAGUCAUUAGAUUCUCAAAUUGGCCAUUUGCAAGAUCUUUCGGCCCUGACUGUGGAUACAUUAAAAACACUCACUGCUCAGAAAGCUUCGGAAGCUAGUAAAGUUCACAAUGAAAUUACACGAGAAUUGAGCAUUUCCAAACAUUUGGCUCAAAACCUUAUUGAUGAUGGUCCUGUAAGACCUUCUGGAUGGAAAAAGCAGGGUGUUCUAAAUACCCUUAGCUCCUCUCUUCCUCAAAAUAGUCUUGAAAGUAGUAACCCUUUACUUUGUAAUAUUUUUGUGAAAGAUGAAAAAGAUCCCCAAUGUAACAUAUUGGGUCAUGAUUUACCUCUAAUUCCCCAGAGAACAGAAUUCCAUUUUCCAGAGGCUGGUUCCUCUUGUGGUGCCUUAUUCCAAAGUGCUGUUUCUCCUCCAGAACUGCGACAGAGACUACAGGGGGUAGAAACCUUAAAAAUAUUUAGUAAAAAUAAGUCAGGCAGGUCAUCUAAUAGUAUACCACUAUCAUCCCCACCAACCAAACUUUUUGUUAGUACACCAUCCCAACCAAGUUGCAAAAGCCACUUGGAAACUGUAACCAAAGAUCAAGGAACUGUUUGUUCUAAAGCUGCAGAAGGUGAUACUAUAGAAUUUGGAGCAUUUGUGGGACACAGAGAGAGCAUGGAUUUACAGAGACUUAAAGAAAUCUCAAAUAAGGAAGAAAUAUUCGUCCAGCAGAAUGAUAUAAGAAAUAUGAUUCUGGAGUAUUCAGAGUUGUCUAAAUAUCAGAAUGAUAUUCCUUCUGAAAACACUUUGAAACACCUAAGUUCUCAUGCUGGAUUUACUGAGUGUUACCAAACUUCUAUUCCUCUUCAUUCAGAGCAAGUGGAAAGCAGCAGUAGAAGGCCAUCUACAGAAGAAACUCAAGUAGACUCCAAAGCAGCUCUACUACCGGAUUGGUUACAAGAUAGACCAUCUGACAGAGAAAUACCCUCUGAAGAAGGAACAUUAAAUGGUCUUGCUUCUCCAUUUAAGGCAGUUAUGGAUACACAUUACUAUUACUCAGCUGUGGAAAGAAAUAACCUGAUGAGAUUAUCCCAGAGCAUUCCAUUUACACCUGUGCCUCCAAGAGGUGAGCCCGUCACCGUGUAUCGCUUGGAAGAGAGUUCGCCCAGCAUACUGAACAACAGCAUGUCUUCUUGGUCACAGUUAGGCCUCUGUGCCAAAAUAGAGUUUUUAAGUAAAGAAGAGAUGGGAGGAGGUUUACGGAGAGCUGUCAAAGUACAGUGUACUUGGUCAGAACAUGAUAUCCUCAAAUCAGGGCAUCUUUAUAUUAUCAAAUCUUUUCUUCCUGAGGUUAUCAACACAUGGUCAAGUAUUUACAAAGAAGAUACGGUUCUACAUCUCUGUCUUAGAGAAAUUCAGCAACAGAGAGCAGCACAGAAGCUCACAUUUGCCUUCAACCAAAUGAAACCCAAAUCCAUACCAUAUUCUCCGAGGUUCCUUGAAGUUUUCCUGCUGUAUUGCCAUUCAGCAGGACAGUGGUUUGCUGUGGAAGAAUGUAUGACUGGAGAAUUUAGAAAAUACAAUAAUAAUAACGGUGAUGAGAUUAUUCCAACUAAUACACUGGAAGAGAUCAUGUUAGCCUUUAGCCACUGGACUUAUGAAUAUACCAGAGGGGAGUUGCUGGUACUUGAUUUACAAGGUGUGGGUGAAAAUUUGACUGACCCAUCUGUGAUAAAAGCGGAAGAAAAGAGAUCCUGUGAUAUGGUUUUUGGCCCAGCAAAUCUAGGAGAAGAUGCAAUAAAAAACUUUAGAGCCAAACAUCACUGUAAUUCUUGCUGUAGAAAACUUAAACUUCCAGACCUGAAGAGGAAUGACUAUACACCUGAUAAAGUUAUAUUUCCUCCGGAGGAGCCUUCAGAUUUGCCUCUUCAGCCUGGAGAUUCCACCAAAGAAUCAGAAUCAACUCAUUCUGUUCGUCUGAUGUUAUAACUGAAUCAUUGGUUUUGCCUACACCUCACAACAAUGUUACUGUGUCACUUUUCAUUCAGGAGGAAAUUGUUUUGUAAUACAGAAAAGUGUGUGCAAAUUGAAUAUUAUACUAGUUCUGGAAUAGUUAAAAGGUCAAAUCUUUUUUGUUUUUGUUUUUUUCACCAAUUAAACUAGUCAAUCAGAAACUCCCUAUAGGGUACAGCUAGCUAGCAGCUGUUAAAAUUUAAAGGUAAAAGAAAAUUAGAAUUUGUAACUUCUUAAAAGCAGAGGACUUUAUUUGACUUUGUUCUGAUGAGGGUGAUCGCUCUCAUCUGGUGCAAUACCAUUAACCAAAGUUAGGUGUCAGUGCAGAUGUUACUUGCUGCUGCUUGACUGCCAUUCAGCUAGCGAAAUGAAGCAGUCGCCCAGCCUUUGGGUUAAAUGGCACUCGGACAUCUUCCUCAGUGUGUUUUAGGGUGUUCAGUCAUGGUUCACUAGUUUGCAGCUAGAUGCUUUUUGGCCACAGGAAAGGUAAUGACUUGUUAUAAUUCUAGAUCCACAGGGAUGUAUAUGAAUCCUCAGUUAAAAAAAUAAAAAUAAGCUCAAGCAUUUUCUAAGAGAGACUUUAUGAAUCAGGGUUAGGUUCCAUAAUUAAAGAUAGAGCCAAUUUUUUGUCAAAUAGAGCUGAAUUGUGCAGAAGUAUAAGUGGGGGUUUUUAAGCAUUUUUUCAUUAAGUUAUUAUAAGUAGAAGGAAGCCACGUAGACUUCUUUAACCUAAAUAUAUCAAAGGAGAAACUUAACUCAUUGCUCAAGGGAAGUUACCUUGUGAGAAAAGUUAAAGUACUUUUUUUCUAUUUAUAGUUCUAGUGGCAACCUGGAAGUUACAUAUUUCUCCAAAGAUUAUGUUGACCAGUAUAUCAAAUCAGAAUGUAAACAUGAACUCUUGCAUAUAUUUAAAAUUGUGUAGAAAUAUCCAAACAUGAAUUUUUUUGUGGUACUUAUUUAAGAAAUUGAGUUAGAUUAUCAUGUCGGGAGAUUGCAAUGCAACUUUGUGCUAAUAAAUGUAAUUUAACUGCCCCAGAUAUUGUUGAAUACUCAACAACGAGAAAAGCUUUUCAUCUGACUAAAGUUUUAUGCUUUGAUAUUUUUUUCAUUUUGUUUUGUUUUCCUAGGUACUAAUUUUAAUUUUUAUUGGGAGAGAGCAGUGUAAAUCUUACUUGUAUUCAGUAGUGUAUCUCAUAGAUACAGACAAGGCAAGAAGAGAGAUAAACUGUUUAAAUAAGUGUUUCAUAUUGAUGGGGGGAGAAAAAUGUAUUAAAGAUAUUAUACUAUAUACAUUUUGUAUAUCAUUAAAUCUUUAAAAGAAAUUAAAUAAAUUUAUUCUUGUUUACA